AUGUUCCGCACUCUCAUCGUCGCGGCUCUGGUGAUCGCUGCAUUCAGCAGCAUCCUGGACUCCAUUACUGUGGAGCCUCCAGUACAUGAGCCUGAACUUGCGAACGGGUCAAAACCGUUCAAGAAGGGCUCACCCGAGUGGGUGAAGUGGUUAGAUCAGUUGGCCGAUAUCCUCGCCCUGACCACCACCUCUCCUCCACCCGAGACCACUCCUACUCCCCGCAAGUUCACCUUCCCAUCGGUAGAGCCCCCCCAUACCUCACCGGCGCCUCCGCCGACUGAGGUUCCGGGGCUCAGAGCGGGAGGAAGCUCCGACGGGUUCCGUAGGUGGACCGUCGGCGGCAGGAGCCUCAUUAUAAUGUUGGUUUUCUUGAUACUUGCAUGA